AUGAAUUCUCUACCGACUGAAGUUCAACUUGACGUAUUAAAAUGUCUUGAUUUUAAACAAUUAUAUGCCUUUAAACAAACAAAUCUUCACUUUCUUAAUUUAAUUAAUAAAUAUGAGAAGGGAUUGGCACGAAUUAAAUUCAAUAGACUUCGACUUUGGAAAACUGCGAUAGCUGAGUCAAUUCCGUUGUUUUUACACGAUUUUGAACCUGGCGCAAAGAUUAAUAUUUGCUUAGAGAAAGCAUUUGUGGACCACAAAACACUACGUUAUUGCCUUUUAGACUUGCCAAAUAUUCCAAAAAAUAUAGAAGAAAUGGUUAUGAUUCGAUGUUGGUUGGAGCAUAUUUUUAAUUGUGCUUUUAGUUCUGGCCGUUUUACUAAAAUUAUAUUUAAUCAAGAAAUGAUUAAUUUAUUAUUUGAUAACGACAAAUCAAUUACUCAAUUCCACAUUCAAAGACCGUCUCUGGAGUCUGUUUUAAUUUUUCACAGAUCCUGGACUAGGGUUGUGGUUCUGGACCUAAAAACUUCGGUAAUUCUGUUUCAGAUAUCCAAGAAUUUCCAGGAACAGACAACACUGUUCUUGACAGAAAGCAUACAUGAGAAAUCUUCAAAAACAAGACUCACCUUUUUACGUAAAGUUUUUCCAUAAAAGGAAGAAACAUAGAUUCUUGGCCCCCCAAAAUUCUCAGUGUCUCAGUGCUGUAAAAGUAGGAAAUCUGAUCUUUGAUAUAGUAAUGACCAAGGAUCGUUAUUGACUCGUAGAAAAUUUUUGGUCUUGGACUGCUAUAAUAUGUAU